AUGAAGAAGUCGCGUGAUAGCUUAACGAUCGCACUGCCCGGUGACGACAGCACCAACUGCCGGCUGGUAAGGAUGAAGACGCAAAUCCACACGAUCAGCGUCCCGGGCGAUGGUUCGUACGACAACGAGGCACUCAGCUGCUCGACACUCGACAUUUCGACGCACAAUGGCGAACCACACGGUGGUCUGCGUGGUUCGAACGAGUUCAUCCUGUCUGAGAGCGGGAAAAAGGUGACGAACGAUGACCAAACGGGACAGAUCAACCUGUGGCUGCAGCGCAAGGCGAAGAGUGCAUUUUCCGAGAAGAUGAUAAAAAAGCGGCUACCCAUUCUCCGAUGGUUACCACAGUAUAACUCUACGGACGCGAUCGGGGAUUUGGUGGCAGGAAUAACCGUCGGAUUGACGGUCAUUCCACAGGCACUCGCUUAUGCCGGUAUCGCUGGGCUUCCCGCCGCGUACGGUCUGUACGGAUCGUUCCUAGGCUGCAUUGUGUAUAUAGUGUUUGGCAGCUGCAAGGAUGUCCCAAUGGGUCCCACCGCCAUUGCGUCGUUGCUGACGUUCCAAACGGCCGGAGGAAACGUGGGAAAAGCCAUCUUGCUGUGCUUCCUGUCCGGCAUCGUGGAGCUGCUGAUGGGAAUUCUAGGUCUCGGGUUUUUGGUCGAUUUCGUCUCCGGACCGGUGUCCUCUGGAUUCACCUCAGCCGUUUCGUUGAUCAUCGUCACCUCGCAGGUGAAGGACGUGCUCGGCAUUUCCGCCAAGGGCACAACGUUCAUCGAAAUUUGGCGCAACAUCUUCAACGACAUCCACAACGUGCAGGUGUGGGACACCUUCCUGGGGCUGACCUGCAUCGCUGUGCUGCUGAUUAUGAGGAUUGUCGCUGGUCUCAAAGUUGGUCCCGCCGACGAUGAGCUAAAAUCGAAGAACCAUCGGAUCAUCAACAAAAUUAUGUGGUUGGUGGGAACUUCGCGAAAUGCGAUCCUUGUCGUGGUGUGUGGUGCCAUCGGAUACACGUUCCAAUCGUCAGCGACGGCGCCCUUCAAGCUGAUCGGUGAUAUUCCACCGGGUUUGCCAUCGUUUAAGGCUCCUCCGUUUUCGCUCACGGCCAACGAAAGCAUGACCGGUCAUGAGGAGUCCUUUUCGGAGAUGGUUUCCAGUCUCGGCUCGGGGUUGAUCGUUGUUCCGCUGAUCGCGUUGAUGGAAAACAUCGCCAUCUGUAAGGCGUUCUCAAACGGAAAACCCGUGGACGCAACACAGGAACUGAUUGCCAUCGGUCUUGCCAACAUCGCUAACUCGUUCGUGCAGGGUUUUCCCGGAACGGGCUCGCUGAGUCGCAGUGCGGUUAACAAUGCUUCCGGUGUGCGAACUCCCAUGGGCAACGUGUACACCAUGGCUCUUGUGGUGCUGUCGUUGCUCUUCUUCACGCCAUACUUUUCGUACAUCCCGAAAGCAUCCCUAGCUGCCGUUAUCAUUGCCGCAGUCGUAUUCAUGGUCGAGGUGAAAGUGGUAAAGCCAAUGUGGAGGACUAAAAAAAGUGACCUGAUUCCCGGACUAGGAACGUUCAUCGCGUGCUUAGCUCUUCCGCUGGAAAUGGGCAUCUUGUUUGGUGUUGGGUUGAAUGUGGUGUUUAUUCUUUAUCACGCCGCUCGACCAAAGAUUUCAGUCGAACGGUUGACGAGCCCGGCUGGUACGGAAUACUUGAUCAUUACGCCCGAUCGGUGCCUGAUCUUUCCGUCCGUUGAUUACGUCCGCAAUCUGGUGACGAAGCAAUCCAUUCGACAGUCACUGCCGGUAGUAAUCGACUGUUCACACGUAUACGGUGCCGAUUUUACUGCCGCUACCGUGAUCGAUAGCAUAACGCAAGACUUUGCCAAACGUGACCAGCCGCUGUUCUUCUACAAUCUCAAACCGAGCGUGUGUGCUAUUUUCGAGGGCCUGUCUCCCGCCGAUUUCGUUGUGUACUAUCGUGAGGAGCAUUUGGAUGAUCUUCUGAGGCAGCGUGCCUACAAACCAAAGGAAGUCAUUAGCGUCUAAUGCCGGGAGUCACGGCAUGGAAACAACGGCGGAUUCAGUGACAUCCCUUAUCGUCAACUAUUGCGAACAGUAUUAAGCGAACACGAAACAAUAGCAAGUGCCAGAUUAGCAGUCAGUCGCUGGAUUGCAUCAUUCCGUACGAUUCCUAACCAUUCAUGUACAUUCCGUGAGCUACGUUCCGUCGCGAUAAUGAGCUGUAUUGAGUGUGACGAUUUGACACAGCAAACAAAUUGUUGAAAGACUCAAAAGUAUUGUUUGAAUCUUAAAAUAUUUUUGCAGCUAGCCUGAAAACACUUACUGCAUCAAACGAGCAGCAAAGUAGCAGGUGUUUAGACGUAUGAAAUCGAUUAUAUCAAUAUUAUUUAAAUGUCACAACACGUUCCAAAAUCGGUUAGAGUGUAGUAUUAUAAGGGCACACAUGUUUUAGUAUGGCCUACUAACAUAAGGAAGAAUCGGCGUCUGAAGAGCAUAAGUACUUCGAGUAAUUUUAUUUGUAUCGUCCAGCGAAAAGGAACAAAUGGAAAAGAAUAAAAACGAAAUG